AUGUCAUCCACGGGCGUUUGGCUGCUGGUGUUCGCGGUGUGUCUGCUGCCCGGAGACUCCAGGUUUAUUAUUGAUCCUCUGUCAGUUAUAAAACAGGAAAUCUCGGCAGUGGACCUCUGUCCAGAAUGCAGCCAGAUCCUCCGCCUGUCCGCCAACAUGAUUUCCAGCAGUGACGCCAAGGCCACGGUGUACGAGACCCUGCAUGCUUUGUGCCGACGCCUCCCAGGAGAGCAGUCCACAGAGUGCGAUUUGCAAGUGAAGAGCUUCCUGCCCAAAGUCCUGCAGCAAGCGCCGGGCCACCUGAAACCGGAGGAGCUGUGCAUGGUUUUUGGACUUUGCUCUUCCCACAAAGAGGAGAAACCACACAAGCUCCCACAGAGCUUCACCGAUACGGAAAUAUCCACUUCUGUUGGUGGAGCCGUCCAAAACCAGGAGCUGUUCAGCCCCGUUUGCACCCUUUGUUUGUUCUUUAUCAAGAAGCUGGAGACCCUGCUGCCCAAAAACAUGACCCAGGACAAAAUAAAGAAGGUCAUGGAGGAGUUCUGUGAUCUUGUACCUAAAAGCUAUCAGGAGCAGUGUGAUGACUUUGUGGAGAAAUAUGGCGCGGAUAUUGUGGAAUUCCUGGUCUCAUCAGCUGCCCCCCACACGAUUUGCAUGCUUCUGCACCUCUGUUUGUUUGAUGAGCAGCCCGUUCCAGAGGUGACCGCUCCCUCGGACUGCGACUCGUGCCGGACGCUGGCCGCUUUGAGCCGCGUGCACCUGGGACUCAACGCGACUGGCUCUCAGACGUCGGCUUUCCUCCAGUCUGUGUGCAUCCACCACCCUAAGGCCAUCCCCAAGUGCAAUGCCUUCACCAGAACCUACGGGUCUCAGCUGCAGAGCGUUUUGGGAAACCAGAUGAAAGAUCCUCAUGUUUGCGAAACAGCAGAUCUGUGCAGUUCUACAAAGGAGCUGGAGCCGUUUGGAAACAACCCUUGUGCUCGGGGCCCCAGCUACUGGUGCAAAACCAUAAAAACCGCUCAGAAGUGUGGGAAUCAGGUCUUCUGUGAGAAACACAUCUGGAAGAACUAA